AUGAUGUUCAAGACUGUCUUCUUUGCUAUUGCUGCCGCCCUUGUUGGCUCCGUCACCGCUCUCCCGACCCCAGACAGGGAAGUCCGCUUUGCCGUUCGGGAUGUCCAAGUCAUUGGCGUUCGCUCCAUCCCCGUCCAAGCUCCUGAACUGAUUGUCCGUGGCGAGUACAUGAUCCCCGUCGAGAAGCGACAGAUCCCAGAAGAGGUUCCAGUUCGAGCCACCAAUGGUCAAAUCACGGCUAUCAAGCGUCAGACCGCAGAGGAGGAUCCCGUUACCACCGAUAAUAAUGGCAACGUGAUUCCGUACGUCAAGCGUGAGCCUCAAGGAAACAUCCCCGCCGAAAUUGCCGUUACCACCGACGGUUCGGGUAACAUUAUCCCAUACGGCAAGGUCAAGCGUGAGGCAGAGCCCCAAAAGUUUAUCCCUCUCGAACUCGCUGUGAGGACCGAUGAAUUCGGAAACAUUGUCCCUUAUUAG